AUGGACGCCAUUAAUUCCUUCAUCUUUGGUAUCACCACCCCCAAGGUCUUGUUCGGACCGGGUACCGUCAAUGAGCUGCCCGGCGAGCUCCAGUCCCGCAAGCUUUCAAAACCUCUCAUCAUCUGCUCCCCGUCUCGGACUUCUCUGGCCACAACGAUUCGGGAUAAAUUGAGAGAAACGGGUUUCUCAGACGUUGAUAUUCUCGAUACUGCCAUUGUUCAUAACCCGAGCGAUGUCAUCGGUCCCGCGGUUGACCGGGCACAGGGCCGCGAUGUUCUCGUAUCAGUUGGAGGCGGCAGUGCCGUUGGUCUAGGAAAGGCAAUCGCUCUUCGCACCGGCAUGCCUCAAGUAGCUAUUCCGACAACGUACUCAGGCUCCGAGAUGACCCCCAUCAUUGGAGAGACAAAAAAUGGCAAGAAGACGUCAACCACGGAUCCCAAGAUCUUGCCCAAGGUGGUCAUCUACGACGUUAACCUGACCAUGGAUCUGCCGGUCAAGGUCAGCGGUCCGAGUGGUCUCAACGCCAUGGCACACUCAUUUGAAGCAUUGUACUCCCGCCAGGCUAGCCCGCUGACGGACCAUUUUGCCUUAGAGUCCAUCAAGGCACUGUCGAGUGCCCUACCAGUAAUCGCGUCAGACCCUUCCUCGUUCGAGGCACGCACCUCGGCUCUGUACGGCGCAUUCCUGGCCGGCUUGCUGGCAGCAGCAACCGGCAUCGCCCUGCAGCAUAAGCUGGCUCACGCGGCCGGCGGCACUCUGAACCUCCCUCAUGCCGAGACACAUUCGAUCUUUCUGCCCCAUAGUAUGGCGUUCAACGCGCAGACCUUUCCCAAGGCCACUAGAACCAGGCUCUCUACCGCUCUUGCGCAGAGUACUGAAGAUUCCCCUGCGGGCAUAGUAGCCGGUCUAAAUCAGUUACUUCGAAUCUUGAAUAUACCCAUGGGCCUCCAGGAUAUUGGUAUGCAGGAGAAAGACAUCGAUCGCGUUGCUGACGUGGCAUGCGAUAAGCCAUAUUGGAACCCCCGUCCUUCGGAGAAGGCUACGAUUCGUGAAAUCAUCCGCAGAGCAUGGGCUGGGGAGGAGGCGAAGACAGAUCUCUAG